UGUAAACAUAGUUUCGAAAAUUUUUUGUUUAAAAUAUUUAUUGUAAAAUUAUGGAUAUUGAGCCUAAAAGAACUGAGCAACUUUUACUCGAACAGGCAAAAACUCCAACAACCCAUGAAAGAUGUCCAACCAUAAUAAUUACUCCUGAUAUGAUGCCCCGCUCAGAGCCUCGUCCACUACGCACUAAAGAACUGCUAGAAAGACAACAACAAGAGGAACUAAUUAGACGAACAUCUAAUUCUGCCUCUAAAAUUCUAAAGGAACCAUUAAAAGCCAAAAUAUUAAUGGAUGGAAUUGAUGCACCAUAUUCAUACACUUCAUACUAUCCGAUACGAACUAAGGAGCUGCUCGAGCGGCAACGACAGGAAGAAUUUGGUAGACGAUCAGCUUUUGCAACUAGAUAUUGUUCUAAAACAUCAGCAAAACGACCACCGAAUUUGAUAAAAACCCCAAUAAACCAUGAACGAAAUCCAACCAUCGUGAUUACUUCUGAUGCCCCGCUGAUGAUGCCCCGCACAGAGCCUCGUCCACUACGCACUAGAGAACUGCUAGAAAGACAACAACAAGAGGAACUAAAUAGACGAACAUGUAAGUCCGCCUCUAAAAUUCUAAAGGAACCAUUGAAAGCCAAAACAUCAAAUGAUGGAAUUGAAUCGGGGCCAACAUACACUGCAUUCUAUCCGAUACGAACUAAGGAGCUACUCGAGCGGCAACGGCAGGAAGAACUUUGUAGACAAACAGCUUCUGGAACUAAAAUCAGUUCUACAGGAUCAGAAAAUCGAACUCCAAAUUCAGGAAUUGCAAUAAGCAGGCGGGCAUUGACUUUUACACAAACUCCAGACAGACCAACCCAUGAGAUGGCCAAAAAAAUCAAAGAAUUGGCAUCACAGCUCCGACAAGUGCAUGGAUUACAGAGUAUAACAGAAUCCAAAUUGCGUCAACUGACCAUAAUGGAUUUCCUAAGCAUAUUGAAUCAUACGCUUCCUUGGAGUGGAGCUAUCGCAAGAGAUUUUAGAUUAGAUAAGUCCAGCUAUGUGAGUGAAACGGUCAAGGCCCUGGAAAGACUGAAAUAUCCUCACAAAGUUAGUAAAACGUACCUCAAGAUGCCAGGAACUCGGCAUGGACUAAACGCUACCAUCGACAUAAUUGAAUUUCUAGUGGACUUUGGCUUAGUUGGAAAUAUGUCCAAGAUCUAUAAACUAUCUAAUAAUGAAACAGAAGCAACAAGUCAAUUGCAUUCGGAUGAAAAAGUUAAACUUGAUUCAGUAAAUCAUGAGCUCAAAAAUUUCUCAAUUGAUCCGAAAUUGGCACAAGUUUUAAGUGAGAAGAAUCGAAUUGAAAAGGAUUUGAGUAACACUCAAAACGCUCUAAAAACAUUAUUUAUACAAUCUGCUGACUGUUCAUUAAAAUUUUCUCAACUUUUUGCUGAUCGUGAUCAUGUUAAGAAAAAUAUAGAAAAAUACGAUCUUACAACAUUGUUAAAACAAUCUGCCGAGCAUUCGCUAAAAUUAUCUCAACUUUAUGCUGAUCAGGAUCAGCUUAUGAAAAAUAUAGAAAAUCUACAAAAUGUUAUUCAAAAUGAAAACCGUCAAGCCCAUGAGUUGGAACUUCCAUAAGGACAGGAGUUGUGUGAAUUUUUCCCAAUACUUAAUCUUAAAAUGAAACAUUUUUGUCAGAAACUAAUUGAAGAGAUACAAGUUCUUAAUUUUAUAAAACGUAAAAUGGAAUGGCAAUACUCAAGUAUCCCUAGAGAAGUUAAAAAAGCGUUGUCUCUUACUGCAAUCAAGUGUGCAAAGAGGCAGCCCAGCUCAACAAUUUUUAAAGAUUUACUCUUACAGUUAUUAUAUCAUAAGUUAUUCUAAUAAAAAGAUUUACAUAUUGUUAA